AUGUCACCCUCGUCCCCAAGGGCUCGCACCGACUACCUCUUCUCUUCUCCCCGCGUUCUGGGUCGACUACCGUCCAUGGGCUUCUCCGAGUUGCAGUUGAAGACCAUGAUUCUGCCUGCCGCCUCAAAACAAUUCGGGACCGGUGAACUUGUUCGCGACGCGCAGGACGUCGAGGCGGGCGCGAUGGCGACUGGCAACGCUGCGGAGGUAUCUGUGGAACGCUGCCACUGCCGAGAACCUCAGUUUUCGCGGCUAAAGCUGAACGCAUUUGCCCUGGGUCUCAUAUCGGAGAUGUUCAUCGGGAGCGCAUUGUACGACUGCUGGGUGUCAUGUCCCUUGACGCACGGAGACGUGGGGAUUCAGACCUAG